GGGAUGUUGACAGUGGGGGAGGUUAUGCAUGAUGGGGGCAGAGGGUGUAUGGGAAAUCCCUGUGCCUUCUGCUGUUUUGCUGUGAACCUAAAAGUGCUGGUGAAAAUAACUAUGUCAUGGGCCAGCAAACGUUUCCUGUAAAGGUCCAGGUAGUAACUUAGAUCAAUCAGACCUGGGAGCAAUGAAGGUGAGUGGACUCCAAAUCCCAUCAGGCCAUGGGGUCAUGACUUCAUGAGCUGCAGUGACACAGAGAGUCCAAGUGCUCAUGGGAGUUGUAGUUUAAGGGGGGCACGUCUAUUUGGGGACAACAGAUAAUGAGGGACGAAGAGGUAGUUUGAUUUGGGGGAAGGAAGGGGUAAGCUAUUUCUCAGAGACCUGGCGGGACUGGUGAGGAGUGGGGAGUUGGAAAGCCCCCCUGGAUGGAUCCUACUGAUUCGUCUCGUUCCCUCCACCCAGCCCCGGACCCCGUCACCAUCACCGCCUGCAUCAGCGCCUCGGGGGGCCACGGAGUCAUCCUUACCUAGUCCUGCCCCCCGGGAGGCUAUGAGGCCUUUGAGUUGGAGGUGGGCGGCAGGGGACUCCAGGACAGCUCCUCUCGUGGGAGAGGCGUGUGGGUGUCGGGGCUCAGGCCGGCUCAGUCCUACUCAGCCGCCAUCACGACCGUCUGGGAUGGAAUGAGGGCCCAGUCUGCCUCCGUGACCUGCCACACUGAGAGCACAGGGGCCAUCAUCGGAGCCAUAGUCGGUCCCCUUCUGUUUCUCAUCCUGGUGGGCCUGCUGGUUUUCUUCCUGAAGAGGAGGCAUAAGAAGAGUGAGAAGAAACCAGCACCCAGGGAUCUGGUAUUCAGCGUCCCAGGGGACAUCCUGGCUGAAGACUUUGCCGACCACGUCAGGAAACACGAGAAGGGCAGCGGCUGUGGCUUUGCUGAGGAGUACCAGCAACUGGCCCUGGAGGACCACAGCCGGUCCCAGACAGUGGCCGCAGCUCCGGAGAACAGCGCCAAGAACCCUUACAGACACGUGCUGCCCUAUGACUGGUCCCGUGUGCCCCUGACGCCCCUCCCUGGGGAGCCGGGCUCCGAGUACAUCAACGCCAGCUGCAUCCCUGGUCUCUGGAGCCUCCGGGAGUUCCUUGCAGCCCAGGGCCCCCUUCCCCACACUGUGGGCGACUUCUGGCGCCUGGUGUAGGGACAGCGGAGCCCCACACUUCUCAUGCUGACCAACUGCGUGGAGUCUGCCCGGGUGAAGUGUGAGCAUUACUGGCCUCUAGACGCCCAGCCCUGCACCCAUGGGCACCUACAAGUGACCCUGGUGGGUGAGGAGGUGAUGGAGAACUGGACAGUACGAAACCUGAAGCUCCGGCACAUGCAAGAGCAGAAGACUUUAUCUGUGCGUCAGGUCCACUACGUGACCUGGCCAGACCACGGCGUCCCCCACUCCCCAGACCCCUUGCUGGCCUUCUGGAAGAUGCUCCGGCAGUGGCUGGACCAGACCGUGGGGAGAGGUCCCCCCAUUGUGCACUGCAGCGCUGGCGUGGGCCGCACGGGCACCCUCAUUGCCCUGGAUGUCCUGCUGCGGCAGCUGGAGUGUGAGGGCCUCAUGGGGCCCUUCAGCCACGUGAUGGAGAUGUGAGAAAGCCGGCCACAUAUGGUGCAGACUGAGGCCCAGUAUGUGUUCCUGCACCAGUGCAUCCUUAGGUUUCUGCAACAGUCAUCCCCAGUGCCCGCUGAGAAGGGGUCCACCUAUGAGAACAUGCUUUUCGAGAAUGUAGCUCCUACAGAGGCCUAAGUUGUGGGAGGGCUGAGACCCCAGCCCAUCUAGACUCAAAUUCUGCAUCCCUACUUCAGCCCAGAUACCUGGACCCCUGGGACAGCAGAGGGCUGGGGUCCCACACUCCUGGGCCCUGCAGGAAGAGGGGGCUGGCAGCCUAAACUCCUGCUUUCCGGAGGGGGAGAGAGGUCAGGUGGGAGCCCAGAUCCUGGAUUUCCAGUUCCUCGAAGAAGGAGAGGGAUGGGAUCUAGGAUUUCCUUGUUGUUUUUUGAGGGAGGAAGAGGCUGCAGGGUCUCAAGGAAACAAGCUGAAUUCUGAGGAAGAGAGAAGUAAUGAGGGUCCAGAAUUCUGGCCACCCAAGGAGCAAGGGCAGGCCAGGCAGGAUCCUGCCCAUAUUUUACUCCAGAAACUAAAUCAUCAGUCUUCGAGGAUCUGAGGUUUCCCUGCACCCCACUGCCUGUACAUAUUUUUUCUUUUAUCCCAUAAUUUAUUAAAUCACUAUUCUCCCCAGAGACACUUGCCCCAUUGGAUUCCUGGGUCUGGAAAUAAUAUUGGGGUGGGUUCCUGAUGUUUAGGUACUGAGGCCAACGUCCUAGGGAGGAAACUAGAGGGACUCACAAUUUGCACCUGAAAAAUGUAGGUUUGGACAGUUGAGUCUCUCGGAGAAGGCUGUAGCUCUAGGGUCUGGGCAGUGUGGACUCGCUUCCCUGGAGCUAGGAGCAUGGGGGCUUGCCUUCUGGGCCCGGCCUUAGGGGAACUUAGAGGGUGGAGUGAAGUCUGUAUCGGAUUUGCUGGAGAAUUUCACGCUGGAGAAUUUCACGCUUAGUCUCCCGUCUGGAUAUCUGAAUAGCCGGGUCUCCGGAGAGGGUCUUCUGGGUCCUAGAACCCGAUAUCCUGGAGCCCGGUUCUA